ACUUCUGUCGUGUUUGUGACUCGACAGUCGACGCGUGCAUAUCAACGGAGAGCCACAUGAUAUUAUUAUACUAUAGUCUAUACGGUUAUACUAGAGUGAAUAGUGAUACGUGUCUGGCGGUAAAGUCGUAACUCGUAUCGUAGCAUUUGACAUUAAGGUAUCGUGUCUCAAGGGAAAAUAACUGCGCAAUAAGAAUCAUCAGUCAACAAAGUCUACAGUAAAAUCACCAAACUCGCGCCUCGAGCGGCCAUCUUGGAUGCAGGCGCCUCCUCAGCCUGCGAUUGCGCGCAUGCAAGACGCAUAAUAACAUUCACGCAGCAGCAGCGCCUGACUAGCUGCUCUCCAUUCUCUCUCGCCUAUUUCUUCCUUCUCUCUGGUUUCUGCCCUCUGCAGCAUCAGCCCGUGAGACUCGCUCAUUCGGCGACCAACAUCAUCACAAAACUCGACAUCGCACACGCGGGGCUUCGCAAGCGCAACAGGAAUAUCGUCGUCGGCUCGACUCGACAGACUCUCGAGGCAACGGACGCUGGACGCAGCACACAACCUCGCAUGCACUGCGCGGCCGCCUGCUGCUUGCUACCUCUAUUCAUGGCUGUCGAAUCGACGGGCGACAUUGCUCGCUUCGCUCUGCACGAAUAAAACGAGAGCUGCUGGAUUACCCGCUUUUCUAACGUAUAAAACGCGGUUACCCCGAAGAAGAGACAGUUCACCCAUAACCGUUUUCUGAUUAUGAACUACGCUCAAGUGUGAUUUUUAGGUGUUCAAUUGUUGAGGUGCCGCCAUGGCUGGAUCAUAAAAAAUAUAAUUGUUAUAAACAUCGCAAAGUGCUGCAGUUAAACUUAAGUUUUUCUCUCUUGAAAAUUACAAGUUAGACACUACGACUUACAUAUUAGCAACAACUGUUUGCACCUUAACUGUAAUCAAACUCCAUCAGGACAAGAAGAAAGGGUUAACCAGUUUCCCUUAUAAAGAUUGAAAUUUCAAAAUGAGCGUAAUAAUCCGCCUGCAAAAUUUGGCGUGGUCAGCCAACGCGCUGGACAUACGCCAGUUUUUCCGUGGGCUUAGUAUACCGGAAGGUGGUGUACAUAUAGUUGGCGGCGAAUUAGGCGAUGCAUUUAUCGCAUUUAGCACCGACGAAGAUGCUCGUCAGGCCAUGAUGCAAGAUGGCGGUAAAAUAAAGGAGGUAAAAAUCAAGCUGCUGCUGAGCUCAAGAACGGAAAUGCAAAAAGUCAUAGAGACGGCGCGCCAGCAAACGCUGAACCUGCAGAGCGCCCUGAUGCAGACUCCUGCGCCGGCCACCGUGUCGAGCACCUCGAACGCGGCGAGCAAGGGCGGCGACAACGACUCGACGAGCGGCAGCAACAGCAAGCGCGACCGCGACGACAAAGAUCGCAAAGAUCGCCGCGAUCGUUCGCGCUCGCGCGACAGAUCGAGAUCCCGGGAGCGCGGCAGCCGUGGAGGAGAUCGCGACAGACGCGACCGAGUCAGUGGUCGAGACCGUCGGGGCAGCGGCAGCGGCCGCCGCGACCGUUCGAGGUCGAGGGAUAGAGAUCGUCGUGACCGUGACAGGCGCAACAAACGCGACCGAUCGAGGUCCCGCGACCGCACCAGAUCGCGCGACCGCGACGCCAAGCGACAAGGCGACAAGGGCCGUGGCGGUAAAGACGGCCACGACGAAGACUCCAACAACGACGUCGUCUGCGUCGGGGCGUUCCAAAAAGCCGAUUUGAAGGCCGCCGUCGCCAUGGCCUCGAUGAAGAACAUCGGCAUGGGCGACAACAGCAGCGUCUGGGACGUGCCCCCGCAGAUGCAGAACAACUUCAUACCGUCGCUAUUCACCCCGCAAGCGCUCAUGUCCAAGGCAGGCACCUUCAACAUGGGCGGCCAGAGACCCAUGAUGCCCGGUGGCAGAAACGGUAUGAACGGAGUCAGCGAUAUGAUGACCUCGCAAAUGUCAGCAAUGGGUGGCGCCAUUCCGAACCUGAUGUCGGCCAACAUCGUCAAUCCUAUGUCGGGUGGUCCGAUGGGCCGCGGUAACAGAGACUGGAACGAUCGCGACCACAUGGACAGGCUCGAGGGCAUGAACGGCAUGGACUCGAGAAUGGGCGGCGGUGGCUCGAUGCGCAUGGACAACGGCAGCGGCCGCUUCCCACCGAGGGACUUUGGCGAGUCGCGUUUCGGCGACUCCAACGUCGGCAGGAACUUCGGACGAUCGGGCAUGGGCAACAAAAUGGGCGGUGGCCAGCCGUUCAUGAACGAUCGCAUGGACAGCCGACGCAACAACAACGCCUUCCAAUCGGGCCCGCGCGGGUCCUUCGAUAACGACGGUGACCUCGACUCGAGGCCGGGCGGCCGAGACCGCGACAGUCGAUCUCGCAAGGACAGCCGCGACGACGACAGAAGCAACAACAGCGACAAGGACUCGAAGGGAGAAAAACGAGAGCGCGAGUCGCGAUUCUCCGACAACAAGAGCAACAAGCCGCCGGGCUUUUGCGUCGAGGUGCGCAACAUGCCGAUGAGCUCGAAUUACAACGACGUGCGCCACCUCUUCCAAGGCCUUUACAUUCGCAAUGACGGUAUUAAACUCAUAACCGAUACCCAGGGCAACAGAGUUGGCAUUGCUUACGUCAAGUUCGGAAGCAUCGAGAGUAAAGAACUCGCCAUGAAAGGCACAAAAUUCGUUCGUGGCUCGGAGGUCGAGGUCCUACAUUUGGAUGAGUCGAUAUUCGACAAAACCGACGACAAAGGCCGGGACAAGUCGCGUCAAGACAGCAAAAAGGACGACAUAACGCCAGCCUCGUGCUGCGUCGUCGUCUCGAAUCUGCCGUCGUUCACCAAGGAAAUGGAUAUCGCCAAUCUCUUCCAAGACUGGAAGAUCAACGACCUUUUCAUCACGGCCAAAGAUCUCGACGGCAACGAUCGUCUGGCUUACGUGCAGUUCGCGAGGCUCGAGGACGCCGCGCAGGCCCUCAUGAAGCCCGCGAAAAUCGGCCCCAAGUCCGUCACCGUGACCUCCAUCAGCGAGGACAAGUUCGAUCGGGCCAAGAGCGACCACGAGCAGAUGACCAAAGGCUUCGCUAGCGCUAUGGACUCGACGCCGUCGUUCGAUUGCAUUCACAUGCGAGGCCUGCCGUAUCACACUGUCGAUCGCGACGUGCUCGACUUUUUCUCGGACAUAGGCCUCAUACCGCACAGAAUACAUAUGCUCAUGCAGAACGGCAAGCCCGCCGGCCAGUGCUUCUGCGAGUUCAACUCUUGCGAGGAGGCCGUGCGAGCCACAUCGAAGAACGGCCUUCCGCUGGGUAAGAGCGUACCGACCAUCGAGUUGGUCAAUCGACACAAGAUGCUCGACACCCUGGGCAUGAACGACGAGAACAACUCCAAAAUCACGUCGGACUACCAGCGACAAAAACGCAUGCCGCACCAUAUGCAGGAGUCGAGAUCGCGAUUCUCGCCGAUGAAUCCGAGGUUCGGCGGCGGUAUGGGCAACAACAAUGGUUUCGGUGGCAAUGGUUCUGGCCCAAUGAGGGGUCCACCGAUGAUGGGUGGCAUGGGCAUGCCCCCACGGCACAUGAUGAACCGUCACGGGGGAGGAAUGCCUCCACCAUUGAUCGGGGGCAGCGGCCUCGGUGGAAUGAUGCAAGGUGGUCCCGCUAUGCCACACAUGGAGGGCUUCGGAAAGCCCGGCUGCGUCAUUUCCUUGGAGAACGUACCCUUCAAGGCCAGCAUCGACGAGAUCAUGGACUUUUUCCGAGAGUACAACGUAACGAGAGACAAUGUGAUACGUCGGUACAACGACAAAAGCAUGCCAACGGGCGACGCGCGCGUGGCGCUCUCGUCACCGAUCGAGGCACAGCGAGCUCUGUCCGAAUUGCGAAACGGCAAGAUUCGCGACAGAACAAUAUUUAUGAAGCUCGCUUGAGACAUGCUAAACGUCGAGAGUGACUCCGACGUCAAUGAUAAAUCAGACAAACCUUUUCCUAGUGCAUUUUCUGAGCUGCCGGAUGCGCUCAAAACUCCUGAAAACAUUUUAAGUUUAGUUUCUUUGCUCGGUUCAAGUAGCGAUUAAAAAGCGAAUAAAUCAAAGUCUGUGCUCCUGAUCUUCGAAAGCUGCUUGAUUUUUUAACGCAUUGGUGAUACAAGAGAGUAAUUUGAAAUGCUGAAGUUCAAAUAAAAAAUGAUCGAAUCGAGUCGAGAAAAUUACUUAUGAACGAUACAAGCGUAGCAAGUAUAAAAUCAUAUAAUUGUGUGAGAAACUGUCUAUUAGAUAAAGGUAAUGUAUGAAUGAUUUUGGUGUUCGAAGUGUAAAGCGCUUUCAAUUGCUUUCAUAGAGCAAUUAAAAUGUAAAAAUAGAUAAGGAUUUAGG